AUGGCUCGCGGGGGCGUUCCGGAGGGCGCGGGCAUCGCGCAGAUCGCGAACGAGGCGAAGAAGAGCGCUGUCGAGGAGCUCCAUCGACUCCUGGCCACGCCUGACGAUCUAGACAGCCUAGACCGCUUCCAGACCGACACCGCUCAGCACCUCGAGGAGACGCGGCGAUGGCUGUCUCAAAUCAUGGACGGGCAGGUCAUGGAGAUGCGCAAGGGACUGACGCUCAUUGCGCACGUCCGGAGCACGCUCGAGGGGCUGCAGCGCACGGUGCAGCAAAUCCAGGCGCUGUGUGCGGAGUCGUGCGGGAUCGUUUCGGAGCAGGAGCGGCUGCAGAUGCUCGCGGUGGUGCGGCGGAACCUGCAGUCGACGGUGGGGGAGGUGGAGGGCAUCUCCGACAUCCCCGCGGCGGCGGAGGCGGUCGAGGCGCUGCAGACGCGGGGCGCGGACAUGAUGCAGGUGUUUCAGGCGAUCGUCGCGCUGCAGGCGAUGUGCGCACAGCGGAAGGCCAGCCUUGCGGGCCGUGCAAAGGGCGGCAGGGGCGGCGCGGCGCUCAAGUCAGGGCUGGAGACGCUCGGGCUCAACGAGUACUUCCAGAGGGCCGACGCGGUCCAGGACAAGUUCGAGAGCCAGCUCUUUGGCAUUUUCGAGAAUUUCCUGGCGGUCGCGCACGACGACCCCGCACGGCUGGUGGAGGCAGCGCAGAUCGUCGUCGUGCAGGAAAAAGUGCAAGGCCUGCUCGCUGCCGAAGAUGGAGGCAAGGGCGGGAAGGCGUCAGCCGCUGCGCUGAAGGCGGCCUCGCUGCCGUCGAACUACCGGCAGCGCAUGGAGGACGCCAUCCGCGAGGGUGUCGUCGCGCGCUUCAGGAACAUCGACGCCAUGUGCCGCGAAAUCGUGCAGGCGGUGCGGGCGGCGACGGCGUCCGCUCAGGCCGCGGAGUCGCGGCCGGGCCACAGGCGCGGCGUCUCGUCGCUGUUUGGAUCCGCGGUCGUCGGCGACGCGACCGGUGAUUCGGUCGGCGGCGCGAAGCAGGGCGCUCCGGGCCGCCCCGCACAGCGCGUUGAAAAGAAGACCGACGUGAUGGAGCUGCUCGACGUGGCGGACGAGCUCAUGCAGGAGCUGUUUUUCGUGUUCGACCACGUGGCGCCCUGCCUGCCUCCCGCGGACGUCGGGCGGCGCGCGAAGAAGGCGAAGGACACGGAUGAGGACGACGCCAGCGGCGACGGCUCGCCAGGCCAGGGGGGCGACGAGGAAGACGGUUCGAUUCCCACCAUGGAUCCGUUCCGCCUCAUUUGGUCGGUGUACCACGAACGUUUCGAGGAGUGCCUGCGGAUGCUCGGCGAGGGAGCGUCCGUCUGUUCGAACGCCGAGGUGCUGGCCAUCAUAGGCUGGGCCAUGACGUACGUGUCGCGCGUAGGCGCGCUGGGCAUUGCGCCGUCGCUUGCGUCGUUCGCCAAGCCGACGCAGCUCCGUCUGGACGGCGAGCUCGGCGACAUUUUCGGGUCGACGAGUGAGCAGGGCGAUGAGGCGCGCGAGGACACCCUGGAGCUCGAUUGGGAGAGCUGCGGGCUGGGUGCAUUGAUGGACACAUACAUCAAGCGCACCCUGGAGGCAGUGCGCGGCUGGGCGACAAACAUUGUCACGGCGGACCGCGAGGCGACGCCGAAGCAGGACACGAGCGGGCUGGCCUACACGGAUGCGCCGACGGACCUCUUCCGUUUGGUGAAUGACCAGUUGACGCUGAGUGAGAAGGUGUCGUGCCCGGAGCUCACGGCGCGCAUGCUCGGGGGGCUCGCCGGGAUCAUCAGCUGGAUGGCACGCGCGAGCGAGGACGAGCUGGAGGGCCCGAGCGGGGCCGAGGGCCAGGGGUUGGGAAUUGAGCGAUUGUGUGCCUUGAUCAACAACAUGCUGCAGAGCUACGACAACGCGCUCGACCUCCAGGAGACGAUCGAGGAGCGGCUGCGGGGCGCGGAGUUCAUGGGCAGGCGGCGGGCUGCGGUGGCGCAGCAGGUCGGGGACGCGGCCGCGGACUUCCUCUCAGUGUCGCGCCGGGCCAUCACGGAGCUGUGCGGCUGCAUCAUGCGCGACCCGGGGACCGCGGAGCUAACGGGACAGCUCUGCGUAGAGCACAGGGGCGGGUCUCGGGCGGACGGGGCCGUAGGCGGAGAGUGGGCUUCAGGGCGGGCGAUGGGGGGACUGAUUGCCACGGUGCACGACUACAUGAACGAGAUGGGCGUACUGCUCAAACGUCCGGCGUACGAGCGCCUCGUCGAGGCGGUGGUCGCCGAGAUAGCGGGGACGUACGCCGGCGCGAUCCUGAUGCGGCUGCAGGUCGUGGACAACGCGGCGGUGCGGCGCAUCCACGACGACGAAAAGUCCCUGCGCGCCUGCGUCUCACUCCUCCAAGAAAAGUCGUCCGGGGGCAAGGCGGAGAAGCGCGUGCAGGCCGCCGUGCAGCCGCUCGCGGACUUGCGCGAGAUGCUGUCGAUCGACUCGGUCGAGUCGGCGGUGCUGGCGUACACGACGCUCCUGCAGGUCGACGCGGGCGUCACGCCGCACAUGCUGGAGCGCCUCCUGGCCUCGCGGCCGGACCUGGGCAAAGAGGACCUCGCGGAGAUCAUGGAGGCGAUUCGCGGCGUGCAGAUGGCGGCGGGGAGGUCCGGCCCGGCGGAGGGCGGCGACGCGGGCAGGAAGACGCCGAGGAUGCGUCUGGGAGCGGUGUCCGGGCAAGCGGCUGCGGCGCGGUCGGCGCGGCCGGGCGGGGCGAAGAAGGCCGGGCGGGGCGGUCGGGGCGGCGGCCACAAGCGGUCGUAG